AUGAAGCGGUUCAUGGCCAUGCUAAACAGGAAUAAAACCAAGGAUCCCCCACCCGCCAAGCUGCUGGAUUUAGCAGGACAGCUUUGCCGCGACCUCCAGAGCUCCUUUCCUAUUCUGGAGAAGCUGGUUGGGGCCAUGAUGGGAUGCAAACACAAGAUGUAUUUUCUCACUAACAUCCAUGUUGUCCGAGCUUGCGUGUUUGUUCAUAUCCAAGAGAAGGAGGAGCUGGUGCAACUUUGGCAUGAGAUUCAUUACCGGAGGGUUAUGGAGAAACACCACUCGGAUUUUCUGACACCACUGCAGAAAUUCCGUUGCAGGAAGAGGAAUCCUCCACCUGUUUCCCUUUGUCCUGAAGGUUUGAAGAAUCGAAACUAUUCUGAUGAAGUACGCCAGCAGCUACACAGGUUUGCCACAGAGGUGACAACAAAUCCAACCAAGAAACAGCGGGAGGGAUUGGCUCGGGAUGUGAACCUGCAGCCAACUCAGGUCUAUAACUGGUUUGCGAAUUAUCGACGACGUCAAAAAUCCUGCCUCCCUCGUACAGAAAAGCUCAACAACUCGUAUCCUGAGAGAGGUUUGACUUGCCACACAAAGGUGCAUCAGGAUAAAGGAUCCUAUACUCUACAAACCACAGAUGAACAGCUGGCCAUGUGGCAGGCUCCUUCCAGCACCAGAGGAGUCUGUGGCUCCAUGUGGACCCCAAGUAUAGAAGUUGGCACCUUUGGUCUGGGCCUGUAUUGCCAUUUGUGCCCCGGACAGUUCCUGGGAAUGAUUGAGGGAUUUGACAUGAAGAUGAAUAGAGAGAGUGAGAUUGCCCAGGAGAGAAGGAUGAAUGGAGGAGGUGUGAGCCGCUCAACCAUCUUGAUCCAUUUUCAGUCCCCGGAUCUGGAUGGACUGAAACUGCCAGGGCAAUUGUGUCGCCCUUCAGGGGUUCUGCGGCAGCCGGACAGCAGCAGCAGCAGGCGAGUGCCCAGCGAAGCAGC